UUUUUUUUAAAUAUAUUUUUUUUUUAAUAUAAUAAUUAAUUUUAUUUUUAAAUUUUUUUUUUUGUAAUAUAUAAUUAAUUUUUUCAAAUAUUUUAUUAGUUUUCUCAUAAUUAAAAAAUUUUAUUCAAACAUUUUAUUCAUUUUAUCUGUUCUUCUUACAUAUUUAAUUUUUUUCUAUUCUAAUAUUCAAUAAUUUAAGCUAAAUUUUUUAACGUCAUCCGCUAAUUACUUUUUAUAUUUUUCGAAAACCACAUUCCUGUCAUUAAUACCGUUGAUAAAUCAACGCAUGCGUAAUUUAACAAUCAAUUUCAAUUAAAUUAGGCCUAGAUUUCAUUACCCGAACACAAUACUAAAUGAUUUCCUUCUAUUACACACCCACACAAAUAUUGUUGAUGCUUUAAGAGUAGUGUAAUAUGAGUAGUCUGCGCAACAGUAGACGUUUCAGCGUUUGUUAAACUUCUACCGAAGGGUUCAUACCGCCAAACGGUUUCUAGCUUUACUUAUGCGCUUGCUGUUGCUGUUGUUGCCUCAUUGCUGUGCCACCAAGUUACGCAAAAGCGCGUUGCAAGCUUACUGUUGCCGUUAAUUCGAAUUUCUCGAUAUAAAUAGCUGCCACAGCCAACGACAAUGCAUCAAAGCAACAGCAGCAACAGUUAGUACAGCAUCAGCGUUAGCGUCGCAAAACAUAAAAAUGAAAUAUAUGCAAAUUUUCUUUCUUGUCAUCAUCUGUGUGGCGGUAUGCCUAGCAGCGGUUGCCGAGCCGGAGGAUGCUAGCGCCUUGGAGGAGAAAAAAACCAACAAACGUGGCAUCUUCGGCUUCGGCUACGGACAUGGCUAUGGUAAUUAUGGCGGCUAUGGUGGCUAUGGCGGCGGUUACGGCGGCGGUUAUGGUGGUGGUUUUGGUCAUUACGGCGGCUAUCCACAUUAUGGCGGUGGUUAUGGUUUCCACGGUGGCCCAAUCUACGGUGGUCAUGGCUACUUUCCUUACCAUGGUGGUUAUUAUGGCGGCUAUCAUUGAGUGUCACAAAAGCACUCACAUAUAUACAGUUAUAAAUCAAUUGCAUAGUUUAAUAUCGUCACUAACGGCAAGAAAUGUGCAUAUGUAACGGUACUUGUUUGUGUAAAGUUUUAAACUUUCAACGGAAAAUAAAGAUUUUUGGUAAAAAACUGAUAUUGAACGGUAUUGUUAUUUUAGAAAUUCUGUAGAAAAUUAGAUAUUCAUAUAAACCGAUUAAAUUAUGCACCGUAAAAAAAUUAAAUAUUCUACAAAAACUAGUAAAUACCAAUUAUCAAUUAUUUUCAUAAUUAGAGUUGCGA